GAAUAUCAAGAUAAAAUCAAGUGGUUUAAUGCCAAUAUGAUGACUUACUUUAAACAAGACGAGGUGGGGAAUUAUAUACAGGAAAUCACAUGGGGUUUUUGUACAACCGAAUCCUUUGGAAUGGGCAUUGAUAUCGCUGAUGUCUGCAUUGUAAUUCAGUGGCAGGCAACAUGUUGUUCACUGUCUACAUUAUGGCAGCGCUUUGGUUGUGCCGUUCGUGAUAUGCCAUUGGAGGGGACUGCAAUACUAUUUGCUGAGAAGGAAUGCUUUGAUGCAUAUAGAGUUGAGAAAGAGAAACGGAGA